GGUUUGCGAAAUUGAUUGCACAGUGAAAUUGAAAUAACAACACUCCGCAAUUCCGCAUUGCAAUGGUGUUUGCUCAGGAAUGAAUGGCUACACCCAUUAUCGAAUAGAACGCCGAAGCUGAAAAAAGCACAGUGAAAUUGAAUAACAACACUCCCCCCCUAUGGCUUCUAGCUUUCUUCUCUCGACCCAGAUGCCAAUUCAGGGCAAGAGAAUCCCCCAACCUAGCUUCCGGGGUGCUGCUCCAGAAGGUCUAAAUAAGAUAAAUAUAUGCUCAUCUUCCUUCAGGAAACAAAUUGCUAUAAAAGCAGUGGCAGUUCCGGUUGCCCCACGCUCUCAUUCAGAAAGUGAAGAGGAUAGGAAAAUAUUAUGCGAAAGAUAUGGCUUUAAGAAGAUUGGAGAACCACUACCGGAUAAUGUCACAUUAAAAGAUAUCAUAAAAACACUUCCAAAAAAGUGUAAGGUCUUUGUGAUCAUACGCCAAACCUCGAGGCAGUUGUUUGAGAUUGAUGAUUUCAAAGCAUGGAAGACGGUUUUAAUAUCAGUGGCAUCAUAUUCUUUGGGACUUUACUUGAUUGCAAAAGCCCCAUGGUAUUUAUUCCCGUUAGCUUGGGCAUGGACGGGAACUGCAAUAACCGGAUUCUUUGUAAUAGGGCAUGAUUGUGCCCAUAAAGCAUUUUCAAGAAACAAAUUUAUUGAGGACAUUGUCGGAACUCUAGCUAUGUUGCCAUUGAUUUACCCCUAUGAACCUUGGCGGUUUAAGCACGAUCUCCAUCAUGCAAAAACUAACAUGUUGUUAGAGGACACGGCUUGGCACCCGGUUUGGAAAGAGGAGUUUAAUGCAAUGCCAUCAUCACGUAAGGCUUUGAUAAUUGGUAUGGGACCCAUUCGACCUUGGAUGACAAUAGUUCACUGGUUGCGGUGGCAUUUUGAUUUGAACAAGUUCAGACCAAACGAGAUGAAGAGAGUGAAGAUAAGCUUAGCAUGCGUCUUUGCAUUUAUGUUCAUUGGAUGGCCAUUGAUCAUCUACAAAGCUGGAAUAAUUGGAUGGGUCAAGUUUUGGCUGAUGCCAUGGUUAGGUUAUCACUUUUGGAUGAGUACCUUCACAAUGGUUCAUCAUACGGCUCCGCACAUUCCCUUCAAGUACUCCAAUGAGUGGAAUGCAGCUCAGGCCCAACUUAACGGGACAGUUCAUUGCGACUAUCCUCGUUGGGUGGAGAUCCUUUGCCAUGAUAUUAAUGUGCACAUCCCCCACCAUGUGUCUCCCAGAAUACCAAGCUACCAUCUAAGGGCAGCUCAUAAAUCCAUCCAAGAGAAUUGGGGAAAGUACCUGAAUGAGGCUACGUGGAACUGGCGUCUAAUGAAGACGAUAAUGACAGUCUGCCAUGUCUAUGAUGCAGACCGAAACUAUAUUCCAUUCGACGAAAUUGCCCCUGCAGACUCUCAACCGAUCGCCUUUCUUAAAAAAGUAAUGCCUGAUUAUGCUUAGUGAGGUGGUGGUCUUCGGUGUUCCGGCUACUUAUCAAGCGUGAUUGUCUUUUUAGCCUCUCAUUUUUUUGCAGUUUGCAAAGAAAAGUUCAGGUUUCUGGUUUAUUUGAAGUUUUGCAUCCCUUCAUUAUACAGUAUUAUAUACACACAUUCAUGUCAGUCUUCAUGGAUCAAGAUUUAAAAAAAAGCAUGCUCCAAUGAGCAUACUCCUCUUGUCUCUAAAAGAAGUUCUCGUUUGUUUUGUGCCGGAGUUUAAGAAAAAAUUAAAUUGUAAAAUGGAAUGAACUAGCUACUUGUAU